CGCCGCGGGCAGCGCGGCGCAGGAGCGGCGGCCCCGCAUCCCGGGCGGGUGGCAGGUGGGAGCAGCGCGGCCCGCCAGCGGUGCAGCUAGGCGGGGUGGGGAAGGGAUGGGCUGCGCCCCUAGCAUUCACGUCUCUCAGAGCGGCGUGAUUUACUGCCGGGACUCGGACGAGUCCAAUUCCCCGCACCAGACCACCACCAUCUCACAGGGCACAGCCACUCUGCACGGCCUCUUCAUCAAGACAGACGCGGCCGAGUCCAUCCCCUCCGUCCUCGCCUACCAGAGCCGGCAGCAGCCACCGCCCUCCGCCGGCCCCUGCCGCAAGGAGCGCAGGGAGCCCGGCGCCUCCGCCCGGGCCAGGGCCCCCCGCUGCUGCGGCGUCGAGGUGGAGACCCAGACCAGCAACACCAGCGUCAAGCAGGCUUCAGCUAAAGAAGUACAAAUUGGGCCUAUGAGACUGACACAAGAUGCAAUUCAGGUUUUGCUGAUCUUUGCCAAAGAAGACAACCAAAGUGAUGGUUUCUGGUGGGCCUGUGACAGAGCUGGAUACAAGUGCACCAUUGCCCAAACUCCAGAGUCAGCGCUUGAGUGCUUCCUUGAUAAGCAACAGGAAAUAAUUGUUAUAGAUAACAGGAAUUCCAGAUAUUUUGAUGCAGAAGGUCUCUGCAGGUCUAUUCGUGCCACAAAACCAUCAGAGCAUACUGUAAUACUUGCUGUUGUUCCACGCGCAUCCACUGACCAAGAAGAGACUUCUGUUCUUCCCCUUCUUAAUGCAGGCUUUGAUAGGCAAUUCAUGGAGAACAGCAGCGUAGCUGCAUGUUACAACGAACUGGUUCAAAUAGAGCACGGGGAGGUGCGGUCUCAGUUCAAACUGCGGGCUUGCAAUGCAGUGUUUGCAGCGUUAGACCAUUGUCAGGAAGCUGUAGAAAUAACCAGUGAAGAUCAUGUCAUUCAGUAUGUUAAUCCAGCCUUUGAAGAGAUGAUGGGAUAUCACAAAGGAGAGCUCAUUGGCAAGGAACUUACUGAACUGCCAAAAAGCGAUAAAAACCACGUGGAUCUUUUAGACACUAUCAACACAUUUAUUAAAAAAGGAAAGGAGUGGCAAGGAGUUUACUACGCAAAAAGAAAGUCAGGAGACAGUAUCCAGCAGCACGUGAAGAUAACACCUGUGAUCGGUCAAGGAGGGAAGAUAAGACACUUUGUAUCCCUCAAAAGGCUGCAUUGUACCAAUGAAAACAACAAACAGCUCUACAAGAGUCACUGUGAGGAGAAGUACACAGGAGAAAAUUCUCAGUCAGAAUCCCAUUCAUCCAAAUGCAAGAACAGAAGGAAAGACUCAACUGACGUUAAGUCAAUAACAUCUCAAAGUAGUGAUGCAGCUCCAAGUUUACAGACUCGACGGUACUCUUCCAUGGCAAGGAUACACUCAAUGACAAUAGAAGCUCCUAUCACAAAGGUUAUUAACAUAAUUAACGCUGCCCAGGAAAACAGCCCCAUCACAGUAGCAGAGGCCUUGGACAGAGUUCUGGAAAUCCUGCGGACAACUGAACUUUACUCUCCUCAGCUAGGUACCAAAGUAGAAGAUCCUCAUACAAGUGACCUUGUUGGAGGUCUAAUGACUGAUGGCUUGAGAAGACUGUCAGGAAAUGAGUAUGUGUUUUCUAAGAAUAUGAACCUGAGCCAUAGUCACCUUUCAGUGCCAAACACUAUCAGUGAUGUUCCACCCUGUAUUGCACAGCUUCUGGAUAAUGAAGAAAGUUGGGAGUUCAAUGUUUUUGAGUUGGAGGCUGUUACAAAUAAAAGGCCAUUAGUCUAUUUGGGUUUAAAGGUUUUUGCCCGGUUUGGUGUCUCAGAGUUUUUGAACUGCUCAGAAGCGACACUGCGAGCGUGGCUGCAGCUGAUUGAAGCAAAUUACCACUCCUCCAACUCGUACCACAACUCUACACAUGCAGCAGAUGUCCUGCAUGCUACUGCCUUCUUUCUUGGGAAGGAGAGAGUUAAGGGAAGUCUUGACCAUUUAGAUGAGGUGGCAGCAUUAAUAGCUGCCACCAUUCACGAUGUCGACCACCCUGGCCGGACCAACUCUUUCCUGUGCAAUGCAGGCAGUGACUUAGCUGUCCUGUACAACGACACGGCUGUGCUGGAGAGUCACCACACAGCACUGGCCUUUCAGCUUACUACUAAAGACAGCAAAUGUAACAUCUUCAAGAACAUUGAUAGAAAUCACUACCGGACACUGCGCCAGGCCAUCAUUGAUAUGGUUUUGGCAACUGAGAUGACGAAGCACUUUGAGCAUGUGAAUAAAUUCGUGAACAGCAUCAACAAGCCAAUGGCAUCUGAGGAAACCAGUUCACACAAUGAAGGCAGUGACUGCCAAUGUACAGCCAAUAUAAAGAACUUUCCAGAUAACCAGACGCUGAUCAAGCGCAUGAUGAUUAAAUGUGCAGACGUAGCAAAUCCAUGUCGCCCCCUGGAGCUGUGUAUUGAGUGGGCAGGAAGGAUUUCAGAGGAGUAUUUUGCACAGACUGAUGAAGAGAAGAGACAGGGUCUGCCUGUUGUAAUGCCAGUAUUUGACAGGAACACCUGCAGCAUCCCCAAGUCUCAAAUUUCCUUCAUUGAUUAUUUCGUAACAGAUAUGUUUGAUGCAUGGGAUGCAUUUGCACAUCUGCCUGUUUUGAUGCAGCACCUGGCUAAUAACUACAAACACUGGAAAACAUUGGAUGAGUUGAAGUGCAAGAGUCUCAGGCUCCCAUCAGAAAACAACAACUGACACUAAGGCAAGAACAGACCUCUUGAUCUACCAGUCUCACUGUGAAUCACUAACUGACUUUGCUACAAGAGGGGAUGGUGUUUCCUUUCCAGUGAAAUUAAUACUGCGUGGCAAGAAAGAAAACUUUAUUCAUCGCUUUUAAGCUUCUCUGAAUCCUACCAAAAAAUGUUUUCUAAAAAGCUGCAUAACCCACAGAUGUGUAUUGGCUUGGGGAAUAACAUUUUGUGGCAGAAUAUGUACUUCUGAAAGCAGUUUCUAAUACUGAGUAUGUAUUUAUCAGAUCUUGUAAUUGAUACAACUGUAUUUGCUAACAUUCCACACAGCUGUUUCUCAGAAGGGCAAUCUAGUCACCGGUGGAGCAAGAAUAGUUUGACAAAUUAGCAUGAAACUUCUCACUGAUCUAGCAGAAAUUUGCUCCAAUUCUGUCAAUGUUUUCCAAAUUGUGGCUCUAAAAUGAGCACGCAGGGAAGAACAAGUGACUCUCAAUAAACUGGGGAUAGUAAAAGCUCUACAGCAUUUAAAACAGCCUUUUUCUCUGAGAGCACCACCUGUUCUGUCCAUGAAAAAAACCUUGGUAGGAGUCAGAUUCACUUAGAAUUGGUCACAUAAGAGAGGAAAAAUAAGCAUGUUCUGUGUAAUUGGUGCCAUCCACGCAUUUCUCUGCCGUGUUAAAGAUGUUAACAGUGCAGUGUUCCAUCAACUUUAUAAAAAAAGGAUGUUGAACAAGUGCCACAAGGGUGGGAUUUUUUUGUUUUGUUUUUUAAAGUGGUGUUUGUAGACAUAGUCAUCCACUUUGUUAAACAUUUUGUGACAGGUCCCUAUAUUGUGCUACUUAUUUACAGGACGAGUCUGCCACUUUUUAAAAAAAAUAGAAGUUUCCAGAGUAUGAUUUGUAACAGCAUUUAAAUUUGUACUGCUCUUUCCCUCCAGACAAAGUGCUGCUCUGUUUUGUGAUGUAAAAAGUAUUUCAAAUGGUGUAAAUAAGUUAAAAAUCGAGCAUAGUUUUUCAUUAGUUUUAAGAUACUAACUUUAUGCUAAAGCUUCCAAAGCACAAAUGCAUAUUUUUGUACAGCUCAUUUUAAUCACAUGCAGAACAUGAAUAUGAGCUAUUCUUGGAGUACUCAAUAAAUACUAGCAGAACUGCUGUUUUUUGACAUUGUGCACUCCACGCUGCAGGCAAGAAGAGCAUCAAAGCUGUGGCUGCAACUGAGGAAGUAGUCCAUCACUCAUUGAAAGGAAGGGUCUUGAGGCAUACUCUUCAUUUCCCCCUCAUGCGGUAUCAAGAGUCAAACCCAGUAAAGGGAAAAAAAAACAAACCAGAAAACCCAGAACAAACAAAAGUUUAAAUUGCUGUGAAAGAAAAGUGACAGUAAUUGUUGUUUACUGCAAGUAGCUUACUUACUGUGCCAACUUUUUUUGUAUGUUUUAUACCAGGUUCUGUAACAAGAGGAAACGUUCAUAAAAUCUGUGUGCAGAGAAAUGUAUAUAAGCUCUAUUUUUGUUAGAAUUGUAAUAGAACCUUACUUUUGCCAUAGCUAAGGCAGACUGCUGUGUAUUAAAAUGCUGCAUUGUGUGUAUUUGAAGACAGGUGUUUCUGGUGAAGUAUGUUUGUUCUUUCUUAUCAUCCAUUGCAACAUUCUUAAAUGGACUUGUAUUCCAACAAGUUGAACCUCCGUUUUUUUUUACACAGUACACUGUUUGCUUUACCAUUCCUUUAUUUAGAAUGAGUGUACUCAGUGAUUAUGUGUUAAUUACUCGCACAACUAGUCACUGCAGCUUGCAUUCAAGAAAAGGAUUUCACAAGAUCCAAUGCUCUGAUGUCUUAAUUUGUUAAAUAGAGCACCGAUGAAAGACUGUAUCCCUGUAAAACACUGCAUUAUUUUUGUCACGCUUCUGUCAUGAGGAAGAAACUGUGAAUGAUGGAAGAAAGCUAAGAAAUAAAGUUCAGCCUCAGUUCUGGUUCACAA